CCUGUGUCUAUCAUUUCUUCAUGUUGGCAGGGUUGAUGGAUUGACCCUUUUUAACCCUGAGGGCUGGCCUUUGCGUCUGGCUGGGCAACCGAAGCCCCAGGUAGCCUUUGCGUCUGGCAGGGCUGUCAACUUCCCAGGUAGCGUCUUGCACUGGGCUUUUUUGUACUACCUCCUGAAUUUUGGCACGGUGGCUGGAUCGACCUUUCUUUCAUCCUGAGGGCCGUCCUUUGCGUCUGGCAGGGCCGGCGAUGCCCCAGGUAGCCUUCGCGUCUGGCAGGGCUGUCGACACCUCGUGCAUGGAGCCUUCACGUCUGGCAGGACAGGAACCUUUCAGCUUGGUCUUGUGGAGAGAGGAGCAGUUUGGAGUUUAAAGGAGUUCAUGCAGCAAGGAGAACCUGGAAAGCAACCCACCAACUUUUAUCUUACUCCAUCACCUGUUCACUGUGGACGGAGAAGGUAAGGACAAGCUUCUGACCUAGAAUAGGCUAUAAUAUAACGAAAUGCUAUUGUGUAAACUAGCUAUGUACUGUAUUCCACACCUGUGUAUUCAUAUAAUAUCACAUAUUUAGUCAUUCAAAAAUUGUUUGCCUCUCUUACUAACCAUCAUUUACUGUUCCCUCUCUUACGCCACAACCUGAGCUGCUGCUGUUCACUGUGGACGAAAAGGUGAGUCUGAGCUUCUGACAUGUUAACAAAGUGACUUAGAAUAGGUUAUAACAUAUAGACAAAGAAAGAAAUGCGUUAUUGUAAAUCAGUUUUUCCAUAUAGUAUAAUUAUCCAUACUUUUUCACUAAUUCAAAGAUUGUCUUACUAACCAUUCUUUAUCAUACUAUCUUAUUCCGACACCUGAGCUGCUGCUGUUCACUGUGGACAAAAAAGGUGAGUAAGAGCUUCUAACUUGAAGUCAAAAUGAUCUACUGCAUGUGCUACUCCUGUUUAGCUAUAUAUUAUCACUAAUUCAGUAAUUCAAGGUUAUCUUUAUUUGUAUAAAUUAUUUUAUAAUUCAUUCAGAGAUUAUUCAUCUUACCAACCAUUAUUUAUUUUUCUCUCAUCUUACUCCACCACCUGAGCUGCUGCCGUUCACUGUGGAUGAAAACAGAACAGGAUAUAAUAUAAGGACAGCAGAUACAUAUGAUAUCACUUAUACAAUAACUCCAGUUUAUUUAACCAUUAUUUCUAUUUCUCUACUGUACAUUACCACCUGAGCUGCUGCCGUUCACUGUGGACAAAAAGCGCCUGCUGUAAAGGUACCACUCUGACCAAGCGUUCCUGCAGUGCAUCCAAGGUUUCCUUGAUGACAAAGAAGAAUGCUGACAUCUGACCGACAGGACAAGCUGGAGAGCAGACAGAGACUCAACAUUUCUGCAGUACAUCCAGGGUUUCCUUGACAAGAAAAAAAUGUUCCCACCUGACCAGAUCAGAGGGACGGCUGACCACAGGACAAACUGGAGAGCAGUGGUUGUUUGUGUUUCAGUCAACUGAUGCAGUAAAUGAAUAACACAGUACACAGUGCAAAUGGACAGUCCAAGGUACAGGACAACUGUGUGUGUAUUCAGGCUGCAUUGGUUACAGUAUACAGACGGGGACAAAUUAAAGGAAAAGGAAAAACCUGAAUUAAUGUGGAGAAGCAUAUCAAAUGCAGACGCUUCAGGGCUCACUGAAUGGUUUGACUAUUAUGGGCGGUUGGAGCAGUGUAGUCAGCAGGAAGCCCUGUACGUGGAAACCCCUCCCACUGACUGCUGGCUCAUGGUUGCCAUGACAACACCAAGCUCUACGGGGCUACUUUGUUCUGCUCUGUCAUAGAGGUCCUGAAAUCGGUUAACAGCCUUUAAAGGCAAGCUAAAGGAAGGGGAAGCUGUCAUGUCUGAUCUACUUAAAGACAAAUCUCAAAGAAGAGAGAAGAGGACAGGCAAGGCGCUCUCAGAGGGAAGCCAUGGAGUCAGAGGCAAAGAAACAACUGGCAGACCUAAGGACUCUAUAAGUACUGCGUCGUGUAUAGAGGAACUUGGACACCAUGAUGACAAUGCUCGGAUGGCCAUAACAAUGGAGAACACCUAUCAGAUGGGACCAUACAAACGCUUCCCUGUUCCUGCUGUCACAGACAUACUGAAAGAUGUACUUACCAGCUACCUCCAAGAGGAGACAUAUGAAGUAGAGUGGUCUCAAAAAAUGACAAAAACAAUAUGUGAGGUGAUAAGAGCCCGUGUGAAAGACCUCAUGAUUCCCCGGUAUAAGAUUGUCGUCCUGGUCCACAUCGGCCAGCUCACUGGGCAGAGCAUGCAAAUCAGCAGCCGCUGUCUGUGGGAUGCAUCUAAUGACACUUUCGCCUCUUACUCCUUCAAGAACAGCUCUCUGUUUGGCGUGGCAACUGUCUACGCUGUUUACUUUGAGUGAAUCAUGUAGACAUUGAAUGGACUCUAAUAAGAACACAGGACUCACUUUAGUCAUGCAUUUCUCAGGAUUGCUGCUGUUGAAGAGUUCUUCAUCUAUGUUGUAUAUUUUGCCAUGUAUAAAAUGAUAAAACAAGAAUUUGUAACCAAAAA